AAGAGGAGAUGUUGCAUCUCUUACGGAUGGGAUGGAAGACCAAACAGAUGAUGAAAAGUGCUACACAGUGCUGGUUAUUCUCACACAUCUUCUGCCACCAAUGCCUGGGAGUCGCUGCAGUGUGAAAUCUGCAAUAUCAUUCCUACUUGACUUUGUACCGGCUGGAACCAGCAUAGCAUCCCUCUGCAGCAACCCUGAGAUGUCAUCAAGGACCCAGCCGCAGCUGAUCUGCAUUGGCAGUCUGAAGAGCACAACACAACAGUACAUCAUUAUUGGAAGGAAUGACAGAGUGACCAUUCCUGUAGAUGAUGGCCUAACAUGCGAUGCCAUGGACAAGCUAUUCAAGCUCUACUGGGUGUGUAACUUGGCCUAUCCACCCCAGCUCAGCUCUGUGUUCACCUUCUUUGAAUACAUCUAUGACUUGACCAUCUCAACCAACAGGAGAGCCAAGGUACUAGAGCUUCUCUCAAAGCUUCAGGCAGCACAGUAAAUCACAAGAGAAUGUAUACAUGUCCAAAGUGCAGACAGUCAAUAUCCACAGAAGUAAAGAAAGUAAUUUGGCAUCUACGUGAAAUACAUGCCUUAUCAGAUGGACAGGACUUGAACAUUAUAUGCAGCCAAGAUGGUUGCCCACGGACCUAUCAUAACUUCAAUUCAUUUUCCAAACAUCUUCACAGAGACCACCAGUCCACACAAACAUUAAUGGACAAUGUGUCAUUUCAAACUAAUGACCACAGUCUAUCAGAUACAUCUGAGACAGGGGCAUCUAUUACUGAGGAAACACCAGAAACUGUCCAAUUAAAACU